AUGAACGGCAAAGACGGGCAUUCUCUGCCCUCAAGAGAUGCAGCGACAGCGUCCGGCUCCUUCAGCACCACUUCCCUUACAGACGACUCGUCGCAGACGUUGGCAACGCGACAAGAUGCACGACGGCGCAGUUUCCUCGACCUGGACGAUGACGUCUUCAAUUACGUCUGCUCCUACGUGCCGGUCAAUGACCUUCUGCACAAUGUGGCCGUCGCGAGCCACGACACGCGGCGCCGCGUUUCAGCGAACCACGCUCUCUGGCAGCAGCUCUGGAUGCGAUACCUGCUAUUCUUUUUCAACGCCUUGAUUCCAGCCACAGCGGCACCGACUCGUGGACGAUGGGGAGUGGCGCCGCCGGACGCGAUGGGCAUGCUUUACACCACCACUACAACGCCGCCCAGUCAUGAUAGCGUCCUGCACCUCUAUCACUUUCACCACUCGGCAGAGGCGAAGCCCCACGUGGUGCAGCUCGAGCAGCUGCACAUUGUGCGCGAAGACAUCGCCGACCCGGCAGCCGCGGCGUCACCCACCUCGCGCCGUGCUCCCAGCGAGUUAAGAACGGCGGAGGUCCAAGCACAGCUGUUGAGCUUCGCCCAGGCGUGCGCUACACAGACGGUGGCGCAGAAUCUCAUAUAUACCGCAGCCCCGUCCUCUCCCUCCUCCGCCUCCCCGCAGCCCAGUGCCCGAGCUGAAGGGGUGCCACAGGGUGAAACCUUCGCGCACGGCGGCACCUUGCAUGUGCUCAAACAGCAGCAGCGGCAGGCAAAUCGGCUACAACGGGUAUUGCACUUCCUUCUCUCCACGAGCGGUCACCGGCCUCGCUUUCAUGACCGGCUCUGGGGGGCCACCAACGACGCUGAAAGAAAGUUCAUCCGGAAGGCGCGCAUGGGGGCGGCGUCUACGGACACGAAGCCAGCCAAACGGCGAAAUCCCCUGAGUCCGUCGUCGUCGCAUGCAGCGGCAGCGCCGCACUCGUCGCCAGCGCGGGUCCGCCCGCUGAGCUGGAUCGACGACCAGGAGACCUCUGUCAAGGUUCUUCUCUUUGACGACGACACGCGCUCCGUCGGCGACGCCGCAGCGGUGCAGGAGGAACGCUCGAAGUUGCUGGCGUCCAUCGCAACGAACUGGCGCACCGCCUACGCUUCGCACUUCUACCCAAGCGUGACGAGCGGCAGUGAGCCGGGAAGUCCUCUCUCGCGCCUCCCUGCGUCCAACCUCCCCGUCUUCGCUACGGCAGCGGCGACAGCGGGUGGGGAGCCGGCGCCGCCUGUACCCGAUGCCGAGCGCAGCCGCCGGGAGCAGCAGCUGAACGAAGGACACGUUACAUGGGAGCAGGUGUACCGUCGCUUUCGGGACGGCAGCAGCACCACCAUCCGUAGCACCGCGCGUAUGCAACAGCAGGCGGCGGCACAGAGAAGAGAUAUGGGCACCGACGACGAAGUCGACGCGGCCAUCCCCUCCUCGAGCAAUCCCCUCUUCGAUCUGCACCUGCUCGGUUACGAAACCCGCAAGCAGGUGUACGCCGCAAUGCUGGCCAGCACCGUCGAGGUGCCGGAGGGCAUGGGCGCGUUCUUUGGCACGUGUGUCUCCGAGUCGUUCUUGCGAUGGUGGUGCUGGCGGAACCGACGACGCACGGAGGCAAGUCAGGCACCCGUGGCGCCGCCGGCCAGCGCUCUGGGAGAUGAUCGCGGAGAGCUUCCGGUGCGACGCCACAGUGCGCUCGCUCCUUUUGCCGCCGCCUGCGAUGACGCGUCGCCGCCGCGGUCACUGUGGGUGGUGCGAGUGGCCGCCAGAAACCCACGCGACGACGUCGGGAGAGGCGAGGCGGAGGACGAGUCCGUCACCUACAGCUCCUCGUUUUCGGACAUGAGCACGACAGCGAGCAACACUAGCACCUACACGCUUGCCUCGUCCUCCAUCCGCUUUGCCGGGGAGAGAGAGGAAGAGAACGAAUUCAGCACAGAAGAAAAUUCAAGCGAGCUCGAGACAGCCCACGCCGUGGCCGCGGAUGAAGAGCCACACGUCGCGGCAGCAGAGGCGUCGUCUCCGCCACAGCCACCGCCAACGCCGUUCUACCACCCACCCGUAGCGGUGCUAUUCCCCUUUCCACACAUGCUUACGUACUGGUUCAUGAUGCAUCAUGUCUCCUUCUACAGUCACCAGGUAUACAGGCGCAUGUGGGGUGAUCAGGAACUCACCAUCGCCGUGUGGAGCCGUAUCCUCAGCCCCACAGGACACAGCGCUGAGUGUCGCCUUUUCUACUCGCUGCGAUGUGCAACGUUUCCGCGCAUGUUCACGAAAAUGAUGUUCACGCCUGGGGUGCUUCCAUCGUUGACGCUGCAGGGAAAGAUGGCGGAGCGCUCGCCGUACUGCUCCUCGUCGUCGUCGUCUGCAUGCGACUCGCAGUCGUUGUCUCCUGAUGCCGACGGUGAUGCCGGCAGCACGCCCGGGUCGUCGCCCGCGUCGACGGGUGACAAGCCGGUAGACAGUCGGCAAAUCUACGACCUCUUCUGGACCGGUUUUGGGCGUGUGGAGGUGGACUCUGGGCCGACCAUCUCACGAUCGAACAUGCUGCGUCUGCGCAUCGCGCUCGGGCUGCCGGUCAACUUUCCGAUGGGGCUUCUGUGGAAUGUGGUGAUGUUCGCCUCAGGCAUUGGCCCUCUCAUUCUUAAAGAGCACCGGCACUCUCUUCACUUCAACUACGCCAAGACAUUCACCGACGUCGUGGCGGACGAGUUCGGUGAGCUCGCGUGCUUUGGCCUCGGUGCCCAGUCGCCCAGCAGGAGGAACGACUCCACAGCGAUGGCGAACCCACUCGAUGCAGAGGCGGGAAUGUGGGGGCGACUUGCCGUAUCCGCAGUGGCACCCGCAGUGGGGCAGGAGCAUGUCGUGCGAACCACCGACAACAAUCGAGAGACGCCCGAAUCUGACGAGCAAGCGGCGUAUGAACUGGAUCCGGCACAUCACGACACCUCUUCCGCCCCGACACCUCUCACGGGCAUCACAAACUGGUCGUGGGACCUGGGCUCCGAGUUUAGCAGUGACGAGGCCUACUGGUCACUUCCCGGCAGCGACGUCUCCUCCGGACACCAGUGA